AUGAAUUUGUUCUCCCUUAUAACAAUUUCGUUGUCAUGGUUCGUAGCAAACGCAUACGGUGCUACGACUACAUUCACAUCGAAUACUGUUAUCACAGGAAGUGCUAAUUUUGCUUCGGGAACACCUGUCCUUGUUGCAAAUGAUGUAUAUGUCGCUUAUGAUAAUGGCAAUGGACAAAUUCUCAAUACUUAUUACGACGCUGUUAAAAUCCUCGGAGAGCUUUAUAUUGGAGACACCGGUGUUCACACGGGAAUGUCGGUGUACUUCAACGGAGACUUCACAAAUAAUGGAGUUCUUGUUCUCGAUGCAAGGAACGAGACUUCCGCCCCAAGUUAUUACUUUAAUGGAGUUAACUUUUUGAACAAUGGUAACAUCUUCAUGGUGGGAAUUGGUAACACUGGUGGCCUGACUAUGGACGUUUGGAAUACAGGUACUGUUGUUAAUAAUGGUAUUAUCACUUACUAUCAGACAGUCAGUAGAAGCGGAGGAACAUCAUACCUUGGACGUUUGGGAAGCCCAGUUACUAAUGAUGGUACGGUCUGCCUUUUCCAAAUGAACAUGUACCAGUAUUCUAAUGUUUCCGGUACAGGUUGUUAUAGUGUCGGCCUGAAUUCGCUUCUUUUAUAUGAGUACCCUAAUCAGUACCCCUUGGCGACUACUCAAACCGUCUAUCUUGGGACAUCGACCUCCCAAAUACGAAUUGGUCCUUAUAACAUGCCAAAUACGCUCACUGUUGCCGGAUGGGGUAAUGGAAAUGUUAUUGGCUUCGAAACUAGUGUUUCUUCUUUCACGUACUCGGGUUCAAUAUUGUCUGUUAUAGCUGGGGGCCGCACAUACAACUUCAACAUUGGCCCCAAUUACAAUCCCGCCUUGAUUUCUAUUGGAGGUGGAUUUGCAUCUGGUGGGUUUUACAUCAGCGGGUACAUCUCUUAUUCUGGAGCACCGCUUGAUACUUCAAGGCCCGCUGUUUGUGAUAUUUGUCCCCUGAUACCCCCAUUCCCAACAAUCUCUACCCAAUCCUCAUCUUCGUCAUCUUCUGUGUCGUCAUCUGUUUCAUCAUCUGUGUCAUCGUCUGGAUCAUCAUCUUUGCCGUCAUCUCUGUCACCAACUGAAUCUUCUUCCGAGACCUCUUCUGAGACUUCAUCUGAGAACUCUUCAGAGAACACUUCGGAGACUUCAUCUGAGACUUCAUCUGAGACUUCAUCUGAGACUUCAUCUGAGACUUCAUCUGAGACUUCCUCUGAGACUUCAUCUGAGACUUCAUCUGAGACUUCAUCUGAGACUUCAUCCGAGACUUCAUCUGAGACUUCAUCUGAGACUUCAUCCGAGACUUCAUCUGAGGCUUCAUCUGAGACUUCAUCUGAGACUUCAUCUGAGAACUCUUCAGAGAGCACUUCGGAGACUUCAUCUGAGACUUCAUCUGAGACUUCAUCUGAGACUUCAUCUGAGAACUCUUCAGAGAGCACUUCGGAGACUUCAUCUGAGACUUCAUCUGAGACUUCAUCUGAGACUUCAUCUGAGACUUCAUCUGAUACUUCAUCUGAGAACUCUUCAGAGAGCACUUCGGAGACUUCAUCCGAGACUUCAUCUGAGACUUCAUCUGAGACUUCAUCCGAGACUUCAUCUGAGACUUCAUCUGAGACUUCAUCCGAGACUUCAUCUGAGACUUCAUCUGAGACUUCAUCUGAGACUUCAUCUGAGACUUCAUCCGAGACUUCAUCUGAGAACUCUUCAGAGAGCACUUCGGAGACUUCAUCCGAGACUUCAUCUGAGACUUCAUCCGAGACUUCAUCUGUGACUUCAUCUGAGACUUCAUCCGAGACUUCAUCUGAGACUUCAUCCGAGACUUCAUCUGAGACUUCAUCUGAGGCUUCAUCUGAGACUUCAUCUGAGACUUCAUCUGAUACUUCAUCUGAGAACUCUUCAGAGAGCACUUCGGAGACUUCAUCCGAGACUUCAUCUGAGACUUCAUCUGAGACUUCAUCCGAGACUUCAUCUGAGACUUCAUCCGAGACUUCAUCUGAGACUUCAUCUGAGACUUCAUCUGAGACUUCAUCUGAGACUUCAUCCGAGACUUCAUCUGAGAACUCUUCAGAGAGCACUUCGGAGACUUCAUCCGAGACUUCAUCUGAGACUUCAUCCGAGACUUCAUCUGUGACUUCAUCUGAGACUUCCUCUGAGACUUCAUCUGAGACUUCAUCUGAGACUUCAUCUGAGACUUCAUCCGAGACUUCAUCUGAGACUUCAUCUGAGACUUCAUCUGAGGCUUCAUCUGAGACUUCAUCUGAGACUUCAUCUGAUACUUCAUCUGAGAACUCUUCAGAGAGCACUUCGGAGACUUCAUCCGAGACUUCAUCUGAGACUUCAUCUGAGACUUCAUCCGAGACUUCAUCUGAGACUUCAUCUGAGACUUCAUCCGAGACUUCAUCUGAGACUUCAUCUGAGACUUCAUCUGAGACUUCAUCUGAGACUUCAUCCGAGACUUCAUCUGAGAACUCUUCAGAGAGCACUUCGGAGACUUCAUCCGAGACUUCAUCUGAGACUUCAUCCGAGACUUCAUCUGUGACUUCAUCUGAGACUUCAUCCGAGACUUCAUCUGAGACUUCAUCUGAGGCUUCAUCUGAGACUUCAUCUGAGACAUCAUCUGUGACUUCAUCUGAGACUUCAUCAGAGAACUCUUCAGAGAACACUUCGGAGACUUCAUCUGAGACUUCUUCUGAGACCUUUACUCAAGCCUCUACUGAAACUCCAACUUUGUCUUCAUCUGAGACUACUUCUGAAUUGUCCACUGGGACCUCCAAUAAAGCUUCUAUCGAGAGCCCAUCUGGACCUUCCUCAGGAUCCCUUCCAUUAACCACAUACACCACUACAUGGACUUCCACCAACAGUGAUGGAUCCGUUGAGACUGAUUCUGGUAUUGUGAUUGUCAGUACUGAUUCUGCAGGCUCGUUCUUCACAACGACUUCUGAGUUCCCUAACUUGACUACCUACACCACUACAUGGACCACUACCAACAGUGAUGGAUCCGUUGAGACCGAUUCUGGUAUUGUGAUUGUUAGUACCAACUCUGCAGGCUCUUUCUUCACAACGACUUCCGAGUUCCCUAACUUGACUACCUACACCACCACCUGGACCACUACCAACAGUGAUGGAUCCGUCGAGACUGAUUCUGGUAUUGUGAUUGUUAGUACUGAUUCUAAGGGCUCUUUCUUCACCACCACAUCAGAUUUUGGAGUAGUGAGUUCCUACACCACUACAUGGACCACUACCAACAGUGAUGGAUCCGUUGAGACCGAUUCUGGUAUUGUGAUUGUUAGUACCAACUCUGCAGGCUCGUUCUUCACAACGACUUCCGAGUUCCCUAACUUGACUACCUACACCACCACCUGGACCACUACCAACAGUGAUGGAUCCGUCGAGACUGAUUCUGGUAUUGUGAUUGUCAGUACUGAUUCUAAGGGCUCUUUCUUCACCACCACAUCAGAUUUUGGAGUAGUGAGUUCCUACACCACUACAUGGACCACUACCAACAGUGAUGGAUCCGUUGAGACCGAUUCUGGUAUUGUGAUUGUUAGUACCAACUCUGCAGGCUCGUUCUUCACAACGACUUCCGAGUUCCCUAACAUGACUACCUACACCACCACCUGGACCACUACCAACAGUGAUGGAUCCGUUGAGACUGAUUCUGGUAUUGUGAUUGUCAGUACUGAUUCUGCAGGCUCGUUCUUCACAACGACUUCUGAGUUCCCUAACUUGACUACCUACACCACUACAUGGACCACUACCAACAGUGAUGGAUCCGUUGAGACCGAUUCUGGUAUUGUGAUUGUUAGUACCAACUCUGCAGGCUCUUUCUUCACAACGACUUCCGAGUUCCCUAACUUGACUACCUACACCACCACCUGGACCACUACCAACAGUGAUGGAUCCGUCGAGACUGAUUCUGGUAUUGUGAUUGUUAGUACUGAUUCUAAGGGCUCUUUCUUCACCACCACAUCAGAUUUUGGAGUAGUGAGUUCCUACACCACUACAUGGACCACUACCAACAGUGAUGGAUCCGUUGAGACCGAUUCUGGUAUUGUGAUUGUUAGUACCAACUCUGCAGGCUCGUUCUUCACAACGACUUCCGAGUUCCCUAACUUGACUACCUACACCACCACCUGGACCACUACCAACAGUGAUGGAUCCGUUGAGACCGAUUCUGGUAUUGUGAUUGUUAGUACUGAUUCUAAGGGCUCUUUCUUCACCACCACAUCAGAUUUUGGAGUAGUGAGUUCCUACACCACUACAUGGACCACUACCAACAGUGAUGGAUCCGUUGAGACCGAUUCUGGUAUUGUGAUUGUUAGUACCAACUCUGCAGGCUCGUUCUUCACAACGACUUCCGAGUUCCCUAACUUGACUACCUACACCACCACCUGGACCACUACCAACAGUGAUGGAUCCGUCGAGACUGAUUCUGGAAUUGUGAUUGUUAGUACUGAUUCUAAGGGCUCUUUCUUCACAACGACUUCUGAGUUCCCUAACUUGACUACCUACACCACUACAUGGACCACUACCAACAGUGAUGGAUCCGUUGAGACCGAUUCUGGUAUUGUGAUUGUUAGUACCAACUCUGCAGGCUCGUUCUUCACAACGACUUCCGAGUUCCCUAACUUGACUACCUACACCACCACCUGGACCACUACCAACAGUGAUGGAUCCGUCGAGACCGAUUCUGGUAUUGUGAUUGUUAGUACCAACUCUGCAGGCUCGUUCUUCACAACGACUUCCGAGUUCCCUAACUUGACUACCUACACCACCACCUGGACCACUACCAACAGUGAUGGAUCCGUCGAGACUGAUUCUGGAAUUGUGAUUGUUAGUACUGAUUCUAAGGGCUCUUUCUUCACCACCACAUCAGAUUUUGGAGUAGUGAGUUCCUACACCACUACAUGGACCACUACCAACAGUGAUGGAUCCGUUGAGACUGAUUCUGGUAUUGUGAUUGUUAGUACCAACUCUGCAGGCUCGUUCUUCACAACGACUUCCGAGUUCCCUAACUUGACUACCUACACCACCACCUGGACCACUACCAACAGUGAUGGAUCCGUCGAGACCGAUUCUGGUAUUGUGAUUGUUAGUACCAACUCUGCAGGCUCGUUCUUCACAACGACUUCCGAGUUCCCUAACUUGACUACCUACACCACCACCUGGACCACUACCAACAGUGAUGGAUUCGUUGAGACCGAUUCUGGUAUUGUGAUUGUUAGUACCAACUCUGCAGGCUCGUUCUUCACAACGACUUCUGAGUUCCCUAACUUGACUACCUACACCACUACAUGGACCACUACCAACAGUGAUGGAUCCGUCGAGACUGAUUCUGGAAUUGUGAUUGUUAGUACUGAUUCUAAGGGCUCUUUCUUCACAACGACUUCCGAGUUCCCUAACUUGACUACCUACACCACUACAUGGACCACUACCAACAGUGAUGGAUCCGUUGAGACCGAUUCUGGUAUUGUGAUUGUUAGUACCAACUCUGCAGGCUCGUUCUUCACAACGACUUCCGAGUUCCCUAACUUGACUACCUACACCACCACCUGGACCACUACCAACAGUGAUGGAUCCGUCGAGACCGAUUCUGGUAUUGUGAUUGUUAGUACCAACUCUGCAGGCUCGUUCUUCACAACGACUUCCGAGUUCCCUAACUUGACUACCUACACCACCACCUGGACCACUACCAACAGUGAUGGAUCCGUCGAGACUGAUUCUGGAAUUGUGAUUGUUAGUACUGAUUCUAAGGGCUCUUUCUUCACCACCACAUCAGAUUUUGGAGUAGUGAGUUCCUACACCACUACAUGGACCACUACCAACAGUGAUGGAUCCGUCGAGACCGAUUCUGGUAUUGUGAUUGUUAGUACCAACUCUGCAGGCUCGUUCUUCACAACGACUUCCGAGUUCCCUAACUUGACUACCUACACCACCACCUGGACCACUACCAACAGUGAUGGAUCCGUCGAGACUGAUUCUGGAAUUGUGAUUGUUAGUACUGAUUCUAAGGGCUCUUUCUUCACCACCACAUCAGAUUUUGGAGUAGUGAGCUCCUACACCACUACAUGGACCACUACCAACAGUGAUGGAUUCGUUGAGACCGAUUCUGGUAUUGUGAUUGUUAGUACCAACUCUGCAGGCUCGUUCUUCACAACGACUUCCGAGUUCCCUAACUUGACUACCUACACCACCACCUGGACCACUACCAACAGUGAUGGAUCCGUUGAGACCGAUUCUGGUAUUGUGAUUGUUAGUACCAACUCUGCAGGCUCGUUCUUCACAACGACUUCCGAGUUCCCUAACUUGACUACCUACACCACCACCUGGACCACUACCAACAGUGAUGGAUCCGUUGAGACCGAUUCUGGUAUUGUGAUUGUUAGUACUGAUUCUAAGGGCUCUUUCUUCACCACCACAUCAGAUUUUGGAGUAGUGAGUUCCUACACCACUACAUGGACCACUACCAACAGUGAUGGAUCCGUUGAGACCGAUUCUGGUAUUGUGAUUGUUAGUACCAACUCUGCAGGCUCGUUCUUCACAACGACUUCCGAGUUCCCUAACUUGACUACCUACACCACCACCUGGACCACUACCAACAGUGAUGGAUCCGUCGAGACUGAUUCUGGUAUUGUGAUUGUUAGUACCAACUCUGCAGGCUCGUUCUUCACAACGACUUCCGAGUUCCCUAACUUGACUACCUACACCACCACCUGGACCACUACCAACAGUGAUGGAUCCGUUGAGACUGAUUCUGGUAUUGUGAUUGUCAGUACCAACUCUGCAGGCUCGUUCUUCACAACGACUUCUGAGUUCCCUAACUUGACUACCUACACCACUACAUGGACCACUACCAACAGUGAUGGAUCCGUUGAGACUGAUUCUGGUAUUGUGAUUGUUAGUACCAACUCUGCAGGCUCGUUCUUCACAACGACUUCCGAGUUCCCUAACUUGACUACCUACACCACCACCUGGACCACUACCAACAGUGAUGGAUCCGUCGAGACUGAUUCUGGUAUUGUGAUUGUUAGUACUGAUUCUAAGGGCUCUUUCUUCACAACGACUUCUGAGUUCCCUAACUUGACUACCUACACCACUACAUGGACCACUACCAACAGUGAUGGAUCCGUCGAGACUGAUUCUGGAGUCGUUAUUGUUAGCACGGAUGUGGAAUCCUCGUUGUUCCUGUCGACUUCAUUGUUUGUGUCUGGCGUUGGUGUUCUCACAACAACUUGGACGACAACGCUUGUUGCGAGUGUUACCACAACUGUAUGUGCAGAUAUAAUUGUCACGACUGAUUUGUCUGGUGACUUGUUUACUUAUACAUUGUUUUCUGAUAACGGUGUGUCUACAGUCUACUCAACUCUCAAUGAAAGUGGAGAGUGGGAGACCUACACUAUUGUUGUUAAGCCUACCAACAAUGCCGAUGGCAACAUUGUCUUAACUACUAUUGAAAAUGAAACAGACUCCACAGGGGCUGCGGUUUACAUGACGACUCGCGGAGAUGGAGUUGUUGAAACCAUCACUAGUUUGGUGACAAUUAAUGAUGUUACGAUGACUAACUUGCCAAAUUCAUCCAGCAGCACAUCAGUGCCAGCUUCUGUGGGAGCUGCGAGCGCUCAAAACACUUUACUUGAAGGAGCAGGCUCUUCAAAUUCUUUAAGCUUCGGUGCAGUGAUUGUUCUUAUUGCAUUUGCAUUUGCAUGA